AUGAUCGAAACGCUUGAGACGCGGCGCUUAAACUUGAUACAGGAAGUCAUAGACGUCUGUCAUGAGUGGAUUGACAAGUUCUGCGGUGCUUAUUCAUGUUAUCAUGAUAGAAACCAGUCCUUCAAUUGCGGCUCCAUACUACUGGGUGCACUCACGAAGCAACUGUACAAUAUGGACAUAUCCUGGACGACAGCUGAGCCAUUCAGUGGCCUCAGCUUGGAGGAACUCGAGAACGGCGUCAAGUCGAUGCGAAUGCCUACUUGGCACGUAAAGUACCCUCGCCCCCCUCCUACGGCCGAAGAAGAGAAACAAAAAAAGGAAGAAUUCGAAAAGCGCCAAGCCGCUCGCCCAUCCUACAAUCGUGAACCAUACAAGAAACCCGCUCCUGAACCUCCUUUCUACAUUUACCUGCAGCAUGUUUGUUCCCUUGAUCCAGUCGUCCGGGAUGUCCAAUCGGUAAUCAAGAAGGCACAAGGACUAGAGCUCAAGGAUUUCGUGGAUCGCGCUGAGACUGCGACAGACACAACACCUCGCCAAGGCUGA